AUGGCGCAGAUAUUACAGGACCUGAUUUACUCCUUGGGCAAUUGCCUCAAUUGCUUUCCUGGGUCGCCGAUGCUCAAGAUCAAUGGCAGGAGCUUCAAGAUUCUGAGGUUGCUGGGCGAGGGCGGCUUCUCCUACGUAUACCUGGUCCAGGACACGGCGACGAGCGAGCUCCUAGCGCUCAAGAAGAUCCGAUGCCCGUUCGGGGCCGAGUCGGUCACGCAGGCGAUGCGCGAGGUGGAGGCGUACAAGCUCUUUGACCACAGCGACGGCAUAAUCCACAGCGUCGACUACAGCAUCUCGACGGACCGCGGCGGCGACGAGAGCAGCAAGACCGUCUACGUCCUGCUCCCCUACUACCGCCGCGGCAACCUGCAGGACAUGAUCAACGCGAACCUCGUCAACCACACGCGCUUCCCCGAGAGGCGGCUGAUGGAGCUCUUCCUCGGCGUCUGCAGGGCGCUCAGGGACAUGCACGUCUACAAUGGCGGCGGCGGCGGGGCCGGCGAAGAGCCGCGCCAGGUGGAGAGGAUGGAGGUUCCCAGCGCCGCCAAAGCCGCUCCGGCGGCGGCAGGCGGUGGCGGUGGAGGCAAGAAGAAGGGCAAAGGAAAGGCCAAGGCAAAGGGUAAAGGCAAGGCCAAGGAGGAGAACGGAAGGGCGAGGACGAGGGAGACGGGCGCGGAUGAGGACGACGAGAGCGCGCAGCAGCUGCCGCUGAUGGUGGGCGAGGACGAUCGCGGCGCGUCGAGCCACGGCGUGCAAGGCGGGGCCACCAAGUCGUAUGCGCAUCGUGAUAUCAAGCCUGGCAACAUCAUGAUAUCCGACGACGGCCAGUCCCCGAUCCUGAUGGACCUGGGCAGCAUCGCCGAGUCCCCGCUGGCGAUAACGUCGCGGUCCCUGGCCAUCGCGACGCAGGACACGGCAGCCGAGCACAGCACGAUGCCGUACCGGGCGCCCGAGCUCUUCGACGUCAAGACGGGCACCGUCAUCGACACCAAGGUCGACAUCUGGAGCAUGGGCUGCACCCUCUACGCCUGCCUCGUCGGCAAGUCGCCCUUUGAGGCCCGGUCCGACGAGACGGGCGGCAGCCUCAGCAUCUGCGUCCUGUCGGGCGACUGGCGCUUCCCCGACGAGGGCGCCAAGGGCAAAGGCAAGGCCUCCUCGGCUGGAGGCGCCAACGCUGCAGCCGCCGACGACGACACUAGCAUCAGCGAGCCCAUCCGCGAGGUCGUCCGGAGGUGUCUGGCGGUUGAACCGAGCGAGCGGCCCGAUGUCGACGAGCUGAUCACCAUGGUGGAGCGCGUCAUCGAGGAGCUGCCCGAUGACGAAGCUUGA